GGCUCGUGCUGCUCGUAGUAAGUAUGUCAAUGAAUAUAUCUGUGUCAUAUUGACAAUAUUGAUUGCCUUCGUCAAAAAGGAAGGUAUAUCAUGUUCAUGUUAUAUUUUAUACUGUUGCCUAUAGGAUAAUUUCAGCAUGGUCAUUUCUUAUUGUUUACAUCCGGGAAUAUAUCAGUGGAAAGUAUUUCGAAAUUUUUCAGUAAAGGUCUUCCGGGUAUAUGUGCCAACCAAUUAAUAUUUUAACAAUGAUAUGCAAACGUUGUCUCAGUCAUCUCAAGCACUGCAAGGGCGUUAGAUGUUCCCAAUGUGACUCCAAGCCUUUGAAACCUGGUCACGAAGAUUGUAGGGCGCUUUCUCAGAAGCGUGGCAGUGGCGACCUCGGCUACCAGUGGCGAUGCGCGGCUUGUCACAAUUCAGUCGGGGAUACACCACAAGACACUAAGAACCAAUUGCUCAGCGCAAUCCACAUUAUAUCGGAUAAAUUUGAACUCAUCAACAAAAUUCAGUUGCCUAAAUUAAACAGUGACUUGAUUGAGCUGAGAUCUGCCACAGAUAGACUUCUGAAACAAAAUGAAGAUAUACUGCAAAAACUAAAUAAAAUUGAUUUGAGCAUGAAGAAUAAGAAUAAAUCAGAAAAUAAGUCGAACCAUUUCUUCAGAGGGCGGCGAGUGAAGUUUGGGCCGACUAUAAACACUUGCGAUAGUGAACAUAUUGCUACAGGAUUGAUCAAUGAAAGAACAGUUUACAGGCCCCGACGACGAUCUUAUAUGUUAAAUAAAGUUUUCAAUAUACUUAACAGGAAACUACGAAGAAUAAAUAAAUAUUAA